AUGGAUGAUAUUAUAUACGUACAAAGAGACAAUAAUGUGACAUUUUCUUAUGAAGAUGGUUUUAAUACAUUUCAGAGAGGAGAACUUGGAUUAUCAAACAGUUACUUGAGUGGAAAUUUAAACUAUUACGGUGCUAAUAUGAUUUCAUCGAUCGAGUUUUACUUUAAAGGCGUUGAAGAGGCUCAAUAUACGGACAUGGUAGGAAGAGCAAUAACCAACAAGAAUAAUAAUCGUAUAUUGAUAGAAAAGCGGUUAAAAGUUAAUUUUAACGGACCUAAACAAAUAAAGUCUUAUCCUUUUAAAUUCCCAUUACCUUCAAACUUGUCAAGUUCUUUCAAGAUCACAAAUAAGAAUAAUUUAACUCAAUUAAUUUGUCAAAUAAAUUAUACUUUACAUGCGACAAUUCAUCCAUCCAGUAAAUUUCGUAAUAAAGAUAUUGCUGAGAUAGUUUGUCCAUUAGAACAAGUAUUAUUUCGCAACAACACAACUUAUUUAAAUGUGGAUGGUACGCAUUAUGAUCCUCGAAAUAAUGAACCUUUAUUCGAAUAUUCAUUUCAGGUCCCGGAAUAUUUGAGUCUUGGGAGUCAAAUUUUUGUCCCAUUUAAAAUUAAAUUUCGUGACACCUGGAUUAGGAUAGUUAGAAUCGAGAUUUCUUUGAAGAGAGUUACCGAGAUUUUUUUUGAAAAGAAUGGAACUUCUUUCAAAACUGAGCACAAAUGUCACUCAACACUUAAAGAACCAGCCCGAAUUAUAAACAGUGAGCUUUCUCAAAGACUUUCUUUAUCAAUUCCACGCAAAUUGGAUACAAGUUAUUCUGGCAUGUACAUAAAUAUUCAUUAUAAACUUUGUAUAAAGUUUUUAUUAACCGGUACAGAAGAUGCGGAUAGUGAUUUUUACCUGGAACAGGAUGUGAUAGUGGCAAAUAUUAAAGAUCAGACGGAUGAUCAAAGUUGUCACAAUUCCGUAAGUGAUCAAUAUCUUUCUCGACCACAUAGUCCAGAUCCAAUAAAUCAAACAAAAAUUAUUUUGCAAGAGGGAUUUGAUAAUGCGGGCGAAUUUACAGUUCAAGAACGACAAGAACAUGAUUUUCACGUUCAAGAACAUGAUUUUCAUGUUCAAGGAUCUAGAAGAUCGCACUCACAAUCUAGAACUUCAACAUCUUCCAAUAGAGAAAAUCCGUAA